UCAAAAGCUAUACCGAUACUAUCGGCGCGUUGUUCCGGAACGGUCACAUUACACAUUCCGUGAACAGCUGAAAUGAACUUGUUGCGAACUGACAACAAAUACACAACUAUCAGCUGUUUAUUAGUGCAAUUGAUCUUUAUUUACAUAUUUGCUAUUGAAAGCAAGAAAUUGUGCUUAAAGAUGGAAAUGGCGUGCAGAGUGUGCGCCGAUAGGUCGCCUAACCAUGUGGAUAUCUUUGAUAGCCAAGACGAUGAGCCAAGUUUUGCGGAGAUGCUUAAGGAGUGCAUGGAUUGCCGUAUAGAAAGAGGUGAUGCACUGCCAAAAAUGAUUUGCCGAAGAUGCGUGCAAGCUACGGAGAGUGCUUUCCAGCUCAAGCGCACCAUAGAGGAGAGUCAUAAGCAUUUUAUGAAAAUGCUGGGGCACAGUGGCGAAGCCGACGACGAGAACGUUUCAAUAUGUGAAUCACUAGAGGCGAACGACUGGAAACUGGAGGAAGUUGAGCUAGACGUUAGUUGUGUGAAGCAGGAGAGCGCUGUACAGGAGCUAGAUGCGCAGUUCAUUACAAAAAUCAGAGGCGUUUACAAAUACGAUGAAUGUAUCAGAAAGGAAUCCAUCAGCAAACUACAAGAGUUAUUUUCUGACGAUUUGCCGGAGAAUGAGCAGCAUCAUCUAUGCGAGAUUUGUGGAAAGAGUUUCUCAGAUGUUACGCUGCUCAAAGAGCACGCCAUGUACCACAAUGAUCAGGAGCGUCCUUACAAGUGCAAUUAUUGUCCCAAGGCUUUCAAUCAGCGCUCGAAUCUUCAAGCCCAUGUGCGUGUGCACACCGGGGAGCGUCCCUUUCAAUGCUCGCACUGUCCCAAAGGGUUUUCACACAGCCACCAUCUCAAGGACCACUUGCUAAGUCAUACGGGCGAACGUCCCCAUAGCUGUCCACAAUGUCCCAAGGCCUUUCACAAGCGCUCCAAUCUACAGUCGCAUCUGCGCAUUCAUUCGGGCGAGCGUCCGUACGUGUGUCCAUACUGCUCAAAAACAUUCAACCACGCUUCAAAUCUGGAGAAACAUACACGCAUACAUUCCGGCAAGCGCCCAUAUCAGUGUCCUCACUGCCCCAAAUCCUUUACACGCCGGCAGCACCUCAAGGAUCACAUUCUUGUGCAUACAGGGGAACGACCUUACAAGUGUCUGAGCUGCUCGAAGGACUUCAAGAGCAAUCCUGGUCUUCGCAAGCACGUCUGCAAUCCGCAACAGAAAACAAAUAGCACGCCAUAGCAAACAAAUCUUAUUAAUAACUAUUUGGAUACUUUAUGUUUAAGUAACAUACUUUAAGGAUUAAGACAGUCAGCUGUGCUGAUUUCUCUAAGGGAUUAAGUUACAAUUAAUUACUUCCAUUGCCAUUGUUAAUUGAAUAAAAUAACAAGUUUU